AUGCCCCCCAAGAAGCGAAAGGCUACGGCCUCGGGUGCUUCCACGCCAGCAAAGAAGGUCCGCAUUGGCGACACAUCUGAUGUUCCUGAAGUGACUUCAACUGGGCGCCCCAAGCGGAGCUCGGUUGGUGAACCGCAGUACAGUCUCACUAGAAAGCGAGCGCCUAAGCCCGCCACUGAGGAGAGCCCUGGCAAAGCACUCUCUAUCAGUGUCGAGCCAAAGAAGCGUGGUAGACCACCAAAAGUAAUCCCACAACCUCCCAAUGCCCGCAAGCAAACAGCGACUCGUCAACCACAUCCGGUGCGCGGCGGUACGACUGCUGUAUCAACAUCUUUUCAGGCGGCGACCAAGAAACCAAGAGGUCGUCCCCCCUCCGCUGCUCCUACUGUUGCGAAAAAGAGAGGGACCCCAUCAACUAAGAAGACCACAACCACACCAUCAGCAAGCGAAGCCAAAGUCACUAAUACCCAAGCCGACACUGAGCAAGUCGAUGAAGCCACCACAGGGGAAGAUAACGGAUUUGUGGAUGGAGAUAUCCAAUACUGGCUCAUGAAAGCUGAACCGGAAUCACGCAUUGAAAAGGGUCACGACGUCAAAUUUUCCAUCGAUGAUCUUGCUUCAAAAGCAGAGCCUGAGGGAUGGGAUGGCGUACGUAAUGCAGCAGCACGGAACCAUAUGCGAGCCAUGAGAAAGGGCGAUCUGGCAUUCUUCUAUCACUCCAAUUGUGCAGUACCAGGUGUUGCGGGAGUCAUGCGUAUUGUGGAGGAGCAUCAGGUUGACCCUUCAGCAUUUGACCCGGACCAUCCAUACUACGAUGCGAAGUCCGACCGUGACAAUCCUAAAUGGGAAAUGGUGAAAGUCGAAUUUGUCAAAAAGUUUGAUGGGUUGGUUACUCUGCGAGAGCUGAAGUCAUUCAGCGAUAGUGCCUUGGCUGGCAUGUCUAUGCUCAAGCAAGGCCGGCUCAGCGUUUCUCCUGUCACCGCUGCUGAAUGGCAAUUCAUUCUUGACUUGGCUGGUGAAAAGGCAUCACUGGGUCAACCUACUCUCGAAGGUGGUUAUGAAACGGACAUUGACAGCGCAGGUACUGACGGCGUCAACGACGAUGUUGAUGGUGAGAACACUCUCCCAAAAGGAACCGGCGACGAUUCUGGCUUGAACGCUAUCAGCAAAGCUCAUAUUGACGAGUGGGAAUCGGCAGAUGAUGCUGUCGUUCCACAAUCGCUUACUAAUGGGAUGUUGGACAGGUCUGACUAG